UUCUAUUUAAAAUUCGCUCACUGUACGACACGAAACUAAACGUGUUGGCUGUCAGCGUAAAACUUAGUGUUAUUUGUUUUCCGGUGUUGUGUUGUCUUUUGUUAAUUUUUAAUUAACGUAUUUAAAAACCAGAUUUAAAUAUGUCUGUAGCAGUGAAGGGUGUAUUCAUUGUGGGUGCCAAGCGUACCCCGUUCGGGACAUUCGGCGGAGUGUUCCGCAACACAUCGGCCACGGAGCUACAGACCCUGGCCAUCUCGGGCGCCCUCAAGGAAGCGGGAGUAGCGCCCACGCAAGUCGACACUGUCGCCGUCGGCCAAGUUAUGUCGGCUUCCCAAACUGAUGGCAUCUUCACACCACGACACGCGGCCCUCAAGGCUGGUAUUCCUCAGGAGAAGCCUGUUCUCGGCGUGAACAGGCUCUGCGGCUCCGGCUUCCAGGCAGUUGUUAACAGUGCCCAGGACAUCCUAACGGGGGCAGCAAACAUCUCAGUGGCUGGCGGAGUGGAGAAUAUGUCUCAGGCGCCCUUCGCUGUGCGCAACGUCCGUUUCGGAGCAACCCUGGGUCAGAGCUACGCGUUCGAAGACACGCUGUGGGCCGGCCUCACCGACUCAUACUGCGGCCUGCCCAUGGGCAUGACGGCGGAGAAGCUGGGCGCCCAGUUCAGCAUCACCAGGGACGAGGUGGACAACUUCGCGCUGAGGUCGCAGCAGCGGUGGAAGACUUCAAACGACGCCGGCGUCUUCAAAUCGGAGAUCAUACCUGUGUCGCUGACAGUGAAGAAGAAGCAAGUGAACGUGGAGGUGGACGAGCACCCCCGCCCGCAGACCACCCUCGAGGGCCUCAAGAAACUGCCCCCGGUCUUCAAGAAGGACGGCCUGGUCACCGCUGGCUCCGCAUCGGGUAUCAGUGAUGGCGCCGGUGCGCUGGUCCUCGCCAACGAGGCAGCAGCCAAGAACCUGAAGCCCCUGGCGCGGCUGGUGGGCUGGUCGUACGUGGGUGUUGACCCCAGCAUCAUGGGCAUCGGACCCGUGCCCGCCAUCCAGAACGUCCUCAAGGCCACCAACCUCACCCUGAACGACAUUGAUUUGAUUGAGAUCAACGAGGCAUUCGUAGCUCAGACCCUGUCGUGCGCCAAGGCCCUCAAGCUGGACCAGGAGAAGCUGAACGUGAACGGAGGCGCCACCGCCCUCGGCCACCCGCUCGGGGCAUCCGGCGCCCGCAUCACCGCCCACCUUGUGCACGAACUCAGACGGCGUGGACUGAAAAGGGCUAUUGGAUCAGCGUGCAUCGGAGGCGGACAGGGCAUCGCCGUGCUCGUUGAAGCUGUCUAAACAGUUAAUCAAAUAGUUACUGCCAAAAAUGUUGUUGUUAAGACUAUAUUAAACAUUUUAAUGUUACAUAGAUGAUAAAAGAUACAAGCGAUAACAAAUUAUCAUUGGUUCAAAGUACAGAUAUAUUUUUGAUCUUUGUACAUUUUAGAACUAGACAAAUAAUGCGUAACAGUAGUUUCCAUACAUUUAAUACACAAUACACAUCGACUAAAUCAAUGACCGUUCUAUGAGGGUACAGAGGAAUAACACCUCAGUCCUCAGGAAUGGCAACGCAUGGGGGGUAUCAUGGGCGUAACAGUAUACUCCGUUAUGUCCAUGGUACUGCUCAUGUAUAUAGGCGACGGUUACAAUUUACCAUCAGGUGGGCCGUCAGCUUAUUUGCCAGUCUAAGUUGCAUAAAAAAAUCUAGGAUAGAGUCGAAAAAUUGCCCGGCAAGGCAAAAAUGAAGGGCAGCAAUUUUAUUUUUGCCUGGGACGGCAAAAUUGCAAAAUGCACCGCUGGAUGAAACUUAAUUGAGUCAUUAACACAAAUUAUUGUCUAAUGUAUUUUUUAACUUUGUAUUUACUUGAAAUUGUAAAGUUAUUUUAUAAUAAUUAAUUUUUUAACAUCAUCAUGUUGCUUGGAAGAAAUCUUAGCUGUAAGGCCACCCAUUAUUGCUUUGUCUGGUAAAGUAAUCCUAUUUUUUUUACAUGUUUCAAGUAAAUAUCUCAUUUUUUUUAUGGGCACAAUAGAGUUUUCAUUCAUUCAUUUCCCAAAAAUCCGUUUUAUUUGAAACUAUGAAAUGACAUGAGUUUGAAUGUUGGACUGAAGUCACGUCAAUUAUUACAUGGAGUCAUAAAGAAAUUGUUAUUAUAUUGGUAUAUGUAUAGUUUAUACACUUGUAUAAUAUAAGAGUGUGCUUAAAAAUAAAUAAAAUAUAAAAUAUUUUGUGAAGAUUAUAUUUUGUGAAACUAUUUAUUGUAUUUGUGAUCAAUAAAGUUGUUUUUCUAUUUAUUUA